AUGGGUAACACUCAGGGAAAGCCGGUGAACUGCAAUGAUGCAGUCAACCUUCAUCAUUUUCGGCUUCUUCGUGUCGUUGGCAAGGGUGCCUUCGGCAAAGUUCGAAUUGUCGAGAGAAAGGACACCGGUCUCACGUUCGCCUUAAAAUAUAUCCGCAAGGAGGAAGUUGUUCGUUCGGAAAGUGUGAGGAACAUCAUUCGUGAACGGCGAAUGCUGGAGCACUUGAACCACCCAUUCCUUUGCAAUCUGCGGUACAGCUUCCAGGAUAUGGAGUACAUUUACAUCGUCGUUGAUCUUAUGAAUGGUGGUGAUCUGCGUUUCCACAUCUCACGAAAAUGUUUCACAGAAGACGCAGUGCGCUUUUGGAUGGCCGAACUAGGCUGUGCUUUAAAAUACAUCCAUUCGCAGGGUAUCAUCCAUCGUGAUCUCAAACCUGACAAUGUGCUCUUAGACUCCGAGGGACAUGUCCACUUGGCUGACUUUAACGUGGCCUCCGAUUUCCGACCAGGGAAACCUCUCACCAGCAAGUCGGGGACACUAGCCUACUUGGCGCCGGAGGUCUAUGAAGGGAGCGGCUACACUUUCGAGGUGGAUUGGUGGUCAUUAGGCGUUACUUUUUACGAGUGCAUCUAUAACAAGCGUCCGUUCGAAGGUCGGAGCCAAGACACACUGAGCGAGAACAUCAAAAAGGCCCAGCCCAAAUACUAUGUCACGAAUCCUGCAGUUUCAGUUCCUUGUCUGCGGGCUUUAGGAUCAUUGAUGCAGAAAGACCGAAGCCAGCGAAUUGGAGCCAUCGGCUGGGAAACUUAUACCCAGCACAUGUUCUUUGCGGAAAUCGAUUUCGAGGCUCUUGAGAGGAAACAGAUUCCGCCUGUGUUCCGUCCAUCCAGCGACAAGACCAAUUUCGAUGCGACCUACGACCUGGAGGAGCUCCUCCUUGAAGAAGCACCACUCGAGGCUCGCGCUCGCAGACAAAAGCCGCGAGCUGAAUUAAGGGAUGAUGCGACCGCCAAGGAAAUCCGAGAGGAUGAGCUCCACCGGUUAAUUGAAACGAUGUUCGAGCCGUUCGACUACACCUUGACGGACUACCAGGGCAAUGCCGCCGACGCUAUUGCUGCUGCCACCAACCCCGAGGAAUGCUUCCCAGUAGCUACAACUAACUCUGCCAACGCUGAACAUGCGCGUCAAUAUUCUCAAGCCGAUGCCCCCAAAAACAUAUAUCCCACUCAACCCGACGGACAGUUCCGUGCUCCCCCAAGCCAACAAAUCACUACAGUCAACGAGAGUCUCAACCCCCAGGAUUCCACGACUGGCCCACCACCAUCACCCUCUAAUCGCGUGUCACCCUCACCACCGCCCGCCCCGUCUUUUCACCGACCUCUCCCCCAAAACCACCGACCACGCGGCGCCACUCGGCAGAUGAGCAAGAGUGGAGGCGUACAAAUGGUGCUCAACGAAGCUGGCAGCUGGAGUGAGCUGGCUCAUUCUUCUUCCACGCUUCCCGCUGAGGGUCUGGAGGGCGGUGACGACAAAGGCAAACAAGCCAAUGGCAUGCUCUCCUUCUUCAGCCGCAAGAAGGGUCGCGAUCGCAGUCCCAAGCCAACCGAACCGGGUGUUCUUGGCAAGGAGGGAGCUAGACAAAUCAUCAACUGA